UACUUAUAAAGUAUAAAUUAUACAUAUAAUAUAUAACAUUAAAGAUCAAAUAUUUAACAUUAAAGUUUCUACUGUAAAUAAUCUGUAGGAUCACUAACUAAUGCACAAAAAAUGGCAGAAAAAGGAGAGACAAACAUAGAUAUAUCGUCUACUGAUGAAAAUAGUGACAUGAGAAAGAAGAAAAAAAAACCCAAACUGUUAUUGGACUGUAAUGAUCCUUCUUCAUCGUGCCCACGGUAUUCUGCUUCUGUUGAUGAUUCUGACAAUGGUAUGAAAUUAAUUACCAAUUCAAAAUCUCAUAGAUUAAAAGGAUUAUGGUCACCUUCUCCAAGUAAAAAGAAAUUUAAAUGUCAAUCAGACCCUCAAGGAUCAGUUAAAUAUUUUGAUGUGAAUAUAAAAAAGUCAGCAGUUCGAAAAAUUUCUUAUAGUGAUUCCGAUAGAAAUGAAAAUAUAGCUUCAGAAAUAACUACAGAAUCAUCAUUAGUGAAAAAUAUUGAAAAUAGUAGUAUUCAACCCAUGAACAUGGAAUUAAUUGAUUUGGAUAGACUAUUGAAUAAUGAUGAUGAUAUUAUUGAUUAUUCUAAUGAUUACAUCACUAUUGAUGCUAAUGAUAGCGGUGUACUUGCUCAAAAUAAAACGGCUGCAGCUGCAGUUACUUCUGUAACACUUUCAGAUGAACAAAGCUCCGCUGUUAAACAGUUGAUCAUGACAAAUGGAAAACGAGAAUUGGACGUUAACACAUCACUGAUAAAGCCUGGUUAG